AUGGUUAUCCAAGAUGCGAACAAAUCAACCAACAUCUACAACCUUACCAAGGAAGAUCCAGGCUCAAAAGAAACUUUCUACCACAUGGCUAGAAUUGAUGUUGAUGGAAGCUUCAGAGUAUACAAACACCCAAGAAAUGGGGACGCCCCAAGUGGGGGGAAUGAGAGCUGUUCUUCAUCAUGGACUGAAGUGCAUAGCAUUCCCAAUGAUAUUUGUGGUACAUUAAUUGAUGCUGUUGCUGCUGGAGGUCACCUAUGUAGAGCCCCCGCCCCUGACAAUGGAAACCAGAAAAAAGAUCAUGUACAGUUUAAACAGGUUCUAAAUGUGGAGUGGCCGUUCUCAGAUUACGGCCUUGUUAGAGGGAUUGAUGAGAAACAGUGUAUAUGCCUUGACGAUUGCUUGUGUGUUGUGGUCAUUAAUGAAGGUAACGAAAAUGCAUGUUGGAAGAAGAAGUUUCCUCUGUCCAAUGGAAGAUAUCGCAAAAGUAAUACUAGCAUAGUUCUCAUCAAGGAAAAUAUAGGUUCAGAUAAGAUAGACCAGUCUAUGGUAGUUGUCUUGGCACUACUCCUUGGCAGCUCUGCAUAUCUUAAUAUCCUAUUCUUCAUAGCUAGUAUUGUGGCUUUUAUCUACUUGUACCGCAAAAGGCUGAAUUCGCGAUGGAAUAUUGAUAGCACACUUGCAACAAAUGUGAGAAGCUAUACAUAUAAAGAGCUCGAAGAAGCAACCAGGGGCUUCAAGCAAACAGUGGGAAAAGGUGCUUGCAGAACUGUUUAUAAAGGGGUCCUUCUAUCAGAUUCUAAAAGUUUUGUUGCAGUCAAGAGGUUAGGUAAGGUGGUAGAAGAAGGUGAGAAGGAAUUCAAAACAGAAGUGAGCGCGAUCGCACGAGGCCUAAUGUACUUGCAUGAAGAGUGCAACACCCAAAUCAUCCAGUACUAUGACAUAAAGCCUCAAAACAUACUCUGGGACGAGUACUUUACGCCAGAGAUUGCUGAUUUUGGAUUAGCAAAGCUUUUGUUGGCAGAACAAACUCGAGUAGUUCGUACAGCAAUAAGAGGGACAAUUAAAUACUUUGCACUGAAUGGUUUAGAAAAGCAUCCAUUUCAGUUAAGGUUGAUGUUUACAGUUUUGGUGUGA